UGUUAUUGAGAUUAUAUAAAAUAAUAUAGUUUGUCUCUAGUGUUAGAUCAGUGAAGGUUCACUCCGUAUGUUUAUGGAGAGUCUCAAAUGAUCUGGAGUUUCCAUUUUUGCCCAGGUGGAAUGGAAAACAUAAAACAGCAUACGUUUGCUUUGGCUCACCACACCUAUACAGUUCUUUCUACAUUAAAAUAUGAUAACGGUGCACCUCUUGUGCACAUUUAUAGUGAUACUGACUUCAGCAGCUCGGAUAUCCAAGGUCCCAUAAUUAAUUUUAAUGUGUUAGAUGAAAAUGGAGAUAUAAUUGGGUAUUCACAGGUGGACAAACUGGCUGGGCUCUACAACAUCCAUAUGCGCACAGGUUGUUUCUGUAAUAUUGGAGCUUGUCAGCAGCACUUGGGGAUUAGCCAUGAUGACAUCAAAAAGAACCUCCAGGCUGGUCAUGUGUGCGGAGAUGACGUAGAUGUGAUCAAAGGACAUCCCACUGGGUCUGUGAGAAUUUCAUUUGGCUAUAUGUCUACAUUUGAAGAUGCCCAAGCCUUUCUGAAAUUCAUUAUAAGUAUUAGAUUAUCUGCCUGCAACUUGGUAAAGUGUUCAUCACAGAGACAGAUUGUUCCAAAGAUCACAUCAUUUCCCAGACAGGAUAGCAACACUCAUGAUGUGAAGAAUGCAAAUGAACAGCCUCUGAAAAGGAUAAUCAAGAAUUUACAGCUAAGUCACCACUUCACAUCAGUGAAAAAACCAGAAGAAAAUCUGCAGCUGACUAAGAGUUAUCCAGAAAUUAGCAUGCCUGAAGUUCUUGGUAAUUCAGUAGAAGAAGUGCCAAAUGGUAGAAAGAAAAUUACAGUCACCAAUAUUUACCUGUACCCAAUCAAAUCAUGUGCUGCAUUUGAGGUAAAUGUUUUCAGUAACAUUUUACAGUAA